CUCUUAGGUAUAUAACUACAUUUCAUGUUGGUUAAAGUUAUCUUCGAUCGCUAAGUUUCUGUAACUAUACUGCUUCCUAAAAGUCUGUUCACCUCUUUUUCUCACCAAAAUUUGUAUUUCAAAAAAUACAUAGUCUGGUUCAACCGAAUUUACACAAUUAGACCCUAAAAAACACACAUCGCUCAAACAUAGACAAAUAACUUGUGACUAAAAAAAGUCCACGAAAAGUAUGUUAAUUAAUCAAAAUACUAGACAACAAACAGUCUUUCGUUCUCUUCUUGCUAUACUUUACACCCUAAAUUUUACACACAUCGAUUUAAAGCUGAAAUGAGGCACCAGACAAUGUCACCGAUCUGUAAACUCUACAAAACGAACAUAAAGCAACCUAAUGACACUUCAUUGAAAUAUCAGCCACAUAUAUAUACACACAUAUAUAUACUCUGUGAGAUCAGUUUCAGUAUGAAUUUGUAGAGAGACAUAAAUAAGUCAGAAAUGUUUACUCGUCACUUCUAUCUUGUGUUGCCAAUUCUCCUAACAUUUGAAAUUAAUCCGAUUACAGCGCAAGUAUACAGAGAAGAUAAUUAUACUGUCCAAGUUUAUGGAGAGAAUCUGAUCUUUUUAUUUGAUGAGUCAAUAAACCAACUUAGACCAACUCACCUGCAUUUGAAUGCUUCUUUUGGCUUCCAUGAUACACUACCAUUUUCCAGUAAUUUUUUAUAUACACCAUUAGUGUUUUGUCAACCGUUUCAUAUACAAAUUACCCUGUUACAAAAUAAAACAAUUCAAAGAGUACUGAAAACACGUACAUACAACUUUCAACUGACUGAAGGUAGCUUGGAAAAGAGUUUAGUACCACGAGCAAUAUUGGAUAAUGCAACUGGUGAAGUGCAUUUCUACUGCGAUUUUAUAACAACAUCUGCAAGGAAUUGCAAUAUUUCCGUAAUCAACACGUAUGGCAAUGAUGCCGGUUAUUGUACAAACAAACUGGUGAAUGAUCAUUCUACACUUGGACACUUAAAACCAAAUACAACUUAUAAUCUUCAAUGCUUUGAUGAGUUUGGCUAUACAAAAGUCAAUUCUAUAUCAUAUGAAACCGGUAAUCAAAGAAAUGUGUUUCUUGAACAGCUUCAAAAUACUUCCUUACCAGAUCCUAAUGAAGAGGAAUUUGUAUGUCCGGAAAAUGGAGAUUCUGUGAAGGUGGAAAAUGUGACGGUUGAAAUGUUAAAUGGAGGUGCAGCUCAUGUGGUCAGCUGGAGCCCAAUAGAAGAAAAAUACUCCCAAUGCAUAUCGUACUAUCUGAUAUGCCGAGUUCAUAGACGUACACGGCCAAAGAUUUCAGUAUUGUCUCUUGUAAAAAUACGCGUGAAUGGACAUUUAAAUAACAUAUUUACAGAUUUCGAUGAAGAUCAAAGUUAUAUUUAUAAAGUGAAAGUGUUUUUCAAGAAUUCUGUAAGAACGAAAUUUUCUCAGCGUGUUGAAAUUCAUACCGCAAGGGCACCUAUUUACAAUUGUAACUGCAGUUUGAAUAAUGAACACAAUUAUACUGGUAUUAGGGUGCCAGCUCUUGUUGUCGAUGUAAGAAACAGUGUCAUGUAAUCGGAAAAAAACCCGAUCAGGUGAAAGAAAAAAGAAAGUACAAAUAUGUGAUUGACGACUUUUGUUUAAACUAUAAAAUGAAAUAUUUCUCUUUUUUGCAAAUUUUAAUCCUUGAAAAUGUAAUUACUUGAAAAUAAAAUUUCACAUUGGCUGAUUUAAGUCAAUUGUAGAAUAAUCUAUCAAGAGAAAAGAUAAAGCCAUGAUUAAAACCACGAUUGAUAAUGAUGAGGUCACCUCGGCUACCAGUAAAUAUACAGUCACGGCCUCAGUACAUGUUGGUUUUUAAUGCCUUUUAU